AUGCCUUUCAUUUCGCAUGCGCUUAAUGCUCAUCAGCAAGAGCAAAGACCCUUGGGAGUUACCAACAUUUUUCAAACUGUGGGAUGGCGUUUGAUGCUCGUCCGCCGUGCAAAUAACCAAUUGCAGUUCGUCGGGUUAAGGCUUAUUUGUUAUGUAUUAUGGCUCAAAAUUAGAGCCUGUGCAAUCAUCAUCUCCCAUUUCGGAAUUGGCCGCCGAGAUUUUGCUAGCACAUUUGAUAUUCGAGAUUAUAUAUUGGUAUCCCAGCCAGGAUUUGAUUUGGAAGUUAUCAUCUUUUUGGACAAUGGCCGUCGUUUCUCAGUUCCUUGUUCAUGUAGGGCGGACGAUAAAGGCCUUUUUACACAUCUGCGUAUGUUUUACGACCUGCAAUGCACAAGACGUGGACUCUUCGAAUUGAUCAGCGUCAAGUCGGUCCAAAGGAUCGAUGUGGUAAAGCUUCAUAACAGCAACACAGCAGGCAAGCGACUCAAAGAUACACUGGAUCUAGGUCAAUAUGGACCCUAUGGUCGCCAGUCCCAUUACUUCGAACAUCCAUCAGAAUUGGAUGGUGGUACCAUAACAAACAGACUCGUCACCGAGGAAGUAUUAGCAUCACCCGACAAACAGCGGCACGCACUUAAUAUCAUACGCAGCUGGGAUCCGCAGGUCACUAGUAUAGUGAUUCUCUUCCCCAUCGUGCUGAGUUGUAUUAUAUCGAUCGUCUGGUCUGUUGUGGCCUCGACAAUGUUCAAUGCGGAUGUUCAAAGUAGUAUACAGACUGGCUUCACAAUCGGCAGCUAUGUCGUGACCGCGGGACUAAACUUGGCAAGUACUCUGUUGGUUGCCCUAGUUGCAUUCCUCGACAACAAGGUAAACGCUACGCAGCGUUGA